UCAAAUUGAACGUAAAGCGAAUGAGAGAAGUCGAGGGCAUGCAAUUUUCACUCUUGUAACAACCAAUCAUCCUGAAAAUUUGUGGGCUACAAAGGAAGUCGAUUUGCUUAUUUUUUCUUCGGUAACUUGACAAUCGACAAGUCCUUCCCCCGAGGGGGUUUGAACUGAUGCCCUGAUUAUAAAACGGGACGAUGACCCAGAGUCGGAGCUCAAAAAAAAUGCGUGAAAAGGAAAAACAAACCGCAAUAUGGAACGGCCGCGACUACAUUUUCCAGAUAUCAAACUUGCAAGCCUUUGAUUUAGUCUAACGCAGAUGCUUUCUUUUUCAAUAUUUAACCCCAUUCCCUUUCUGAAACCUUAUUAAUGGAGGAACCUUCAGAACCCUCCUCAACUCCCAACUCUGUCCAGGGACACUCAUGUGACCUUGAUCCUAUUUCUGUUCAGAAAAAGAAGAGGAAAAAAAGCCCUAACAACAAAGCCAUCAAGAAGGCAAGAGCGCCUGACAACGGUGCCCAUUCGAUUAAUCAGUUCCUUGUCAACAACAAAAAGUUGGCUGACUCUCCAACAGUAGGCAGAGGCAGGGGAAGAAGGAAAAAGUUAACAAUUAGUAAUGCCAACAUAGAGAACCAUGUGAAAACAGAGGCCACGGUUGCCCAGUCAGUGGGAUUCCCUGCAGAUUCCCUCACAGAAGAAGAGAUUGAAUCUGGCGUGGUCUCAACAGUGGGAGGGGCAGAACAGGCUAGCUAUGUUGCAAUCAGGAACCAAAUAAUAUGCCUUUGGAGGGACAAUGUGAAUGUUUGGUUGAGCAAGGAGCAGGUCAUGGGGAUCAACCAGCAAAAGACUCACCUGGUAAGUUCUGCAUACAAUUUCCUUUUGGCUCAUGGUUACAUUAAUUUUGGUGUUGCCCCUGCAAUUAAGUCUGUGGUGCCCACUGAGGCAACUAGGGGAAAUGUGGUGGUCGUAGGUGCUGGUCUUGCAGGCCUGGCCGCAGCCAGGCAGUUGCUUUCAUUUGGGUUUAAGGUGGUUGUAGUGGAGGGUAGAAAGAGGCCCGGGGGAAGGGUUUAUACAAAGAAAAUGGAGGUGGGUAUCACUGCUGCUGCUGCAGAUUUGGGGGGAAGCGUGCUGACUGGAACUCAUGGGAAUCCAUUAGGUGUCCUGGCUAGACAGCUUUCAUACCCACUUCACAAAAUCAGGGAGAAGUGCCCCCUGUAUGAGCCAGACGGUCAGCCUGUGAAUGAGGAGAUGGAUUCUAGGAUUGAGGAAGCAUUCAAUAAGUUGUUAGAUAAGGCGGGGCAGUUGAGGCAAUUGAUGGGUGAGGUUGCAGUGGAUAUCUCGUUGGGGACAGCUUUGGAGACCUUUAGGAAGGUAUAUGGGGUAGCACAGGGGGUGGAAGAGGGUAGGCUAUUCAAUUGGCAUCUGGCUAAUUUGGAGUAUGCUAAUGCUGGUCUGCUAUCUAAGCUGUCUCUUGCGUUUUGGGAUCAGGAUGACCCUUACGAGAUGGGUGGGGAUCAUUGUUUUGUGCCUGGCGGUAACGGUAGGUUGGUCCAGGCCUUGACCGAGAAUCUGCCUAUUUUUUAUGAAAAGACUGUGAAUACCAUCCGGUACGGGAGUGAUGGGGUGCAGGUAUUGGCUGGAGGUCAGGUGUUUCAAGGUGAUAUGGCGUUGUGUACAGUUCCACUUGGGGUGUUGAAGAGUAACUCAGUUAGGUUUAUUCCUGAAUUGCCUCAGAGGAAAAUCGAUGCUAUAAAGAGAUUAGGAUUUGGAUUGCUGAACAAGGUUGCAAUGCUCUUUCCCCAUGUGUUUUGGGGUGCUGAACUCGAUACAUUUGGGCAUCUUUGUCAUGAUGUGGCUCGCCGCGGUGAGUUCUUUUUGUUUUAUACCUAUGCUUCUGUAUCUGGAGGACCACUUUUAAUUGCUCUUGUGGCGGGAGAAGCUGCUAUUAAGUUUGAAAGCAUGCCUGCAACUGAUGCUGUUACUCGAGUUCUUGAAAUCCUCAAAGGCAUUUAUGGUCCACGGGGAAUUGAUGUACCUGAUCCCAUUCAAACAGUUUGUACAAGAUGGGGGAGUGAUCCUCUUAGUCUGGGGUCAUACUCACAUGUUGCAGUUGGGGCAUCAGGUGAUGACUAUGACAUUUUAGCAGAAAGUGUAGGAGAGGGCCGUCUUUUCUUUGCGGGAGAGGCCACCAAUCGGCGAUAUCCUGCAACCAUGCAUGGUGCAUUUUUAAGUGGCUUGCGGGAGGCAGCAAAUAUCUCUAAUGUUGCAAACAUCAGAUCAAUGCCAUCAAAAGUAGAAAGGGGAUUGUCCAAAGACAUUCAGUCUUAUGCUGCUCUUCUUGCUGACUUAUUUAGACAUCCUGAUCUAGAAUUUGGUAGUUUUUCUGUUCUCUUUGAUCCACAGUCAAAUGACCCUAAAUCAACGGCACUUUUGAGGGUAAUGGUUGGUGGAACUAGAAGGAAAAACAGUGACAAUCCAAAAGCGGAUCAACAACAUUCUAACAAGCUUAUCUUUCAGCAACUUCAAUCACAUUUAAGCCAACAACUAUAUUUGUACACUUUGAUUACGCAACAGCAAGCUCUUGAACUAAGGGAAGUAAGAGGAGGAGAUGAAAUUAGAUUGAGAUACUUGUAUGAGAAACUUGGAGUGAAGCUAGUAGGUAGGAGAGGUCUAGGUACACAUGGAGACACCCUUGUUGCUUCUAUCAAGUCAGCAAGAGCUGCACGCAGGCCUAUUUCAGCUCCUUCGCCAUUUAAGUUUGGUAACUAAAUUUAGUUCAGAAACAAUAUUUUGUGCAUUGUAUAGAGGCUUCAAGUUUGCCAUUUUCAAGGCGGCCUUCAGAUGCUUAGGUUAGUAUUUUAAAAUGCAGCAGUGUUCAUGUUUAUAGCAGAAAGGUUUAUAAAUACAGUAAUCUACUCUGAUCAUCGGCACUUAGAUAUGUAAAGAGAAAGACCUUGCCUUGAAAAUCCAAAAUCUUCCAAGCUCUACGGUGGCAGAUUUUGUACAUUGAAGAACAUAGAGGAUUUGCAGUAACCUUUAUUAAAUUAGAAAGCCUCUUUUUAUGCAUUAGCUGUAACAAUGUACUUGAUAACUUCCAUUUUCACAAAUUUCAUUUAAGUUUCCACAUCAUCAUGGGGGCAUAAGCCCAUCUGGUUUUGAACCUAGUUUAUCUUGCCACUAAUAGCUCCGACUUCCUCUAGAUCCCAGCCCAACCAAUCCAAUCAAUCAUAUUAGUAUUGUGCUUCCUGGAAGAACAUUAUAUCAUGGCUAAAUGAAAACAAUGUUCAAUGCCAUGCACACGAUAAGCAUCAUUAUACUCUUGUUUGAUUGAGCAAACUACAAUAUUUAAGGUUAUCUUCA